UAUUUUAUUUACAUUUAGUCCUGGUCAUUGUUGAGGUGUCACUCGUCACGGGUAUUUGUGUACGUUUGCAGCGCCCCCUUAGGCCGCCUCCAUAUCCUCCAUAUCCUCCAGCGCAGGGCUUUCCGUCCCAGCAUCCACGACCGGCGCACAUGGCGCCACCCCCCCAUCAAAUGGGGCCGAUGGCGCCGCCGCCGGCACCCAUGGGCCAAAUGCAGCCGCCUCAGAUGGGACCGCAACCAAUCAACGCCAGUGGACAGCCGCCCAACCCCAUGGUUCCUUCUUCGCAAAGUCAGCCGAUGCCGCCUCCUAGCCAGCCGCCCAACAGCAUGCAGGGCGGCUACCGGGCCCCCAUGCCUCCCCACAGCCGGCCCCCAGUACCACGGGGGGCGGGCGGCUUGAGGGCACCCAUGGGGAAUCGAUCGCCCGGAGUCAGGCCGAGAGCGCCCAUCAUCCGACCGAGGGGAACUGGGCCUUGUGCAGUGAUCAGGGGACCGACGCGUCCACGAAUCACCAACUUGCAAAACGGCCAGAGGCCGAGCAAGGCACAUUCCGUAAUCAAGCGCGAGUCUAAUCAGGGCAUACCGGGGAAGCGCCGAAGAGUGGACGUGCUGACUCCCUCCGAUAAGGACGACGACGAUUGCCAAGUGAUAUGCAUCCAGCAGAAGAACUCGGGCUUGCCCCAAAUCGAGAACGUCCACGGCGGGCCUGAAUCGGUGGAAAACAGUAUUAUGAAGCUGUCCGAUUCGAUCACUCUAUCGGUGCGGAAUCCGCCCCCUAAGCCGGCAGAUACUCCGCAAAAAUCGGACGCCAAGGCGGUAGCCAAUGUGCUGGCCAGUCGUGGAAUCACGGUCACCGCUUCGGGGAAAAGCAAAGAAUCUCCUACUAAACAGAUGUCUAGCAGUACCGCUCUCAGUUUGAAUGGAGCUGUCAGUAUAGUUGCCAAGAAUCUCUCUUCCACUUCGAAGGUAAGUGGCAGUUUUUGUACCGAUAACUUGAUUAGGAUGAGGCUGCAUCCGGCAGCGUGGUUCGGAAAAACCCAACUGCGUUAUCUACUUCGGAAAUAGCAUGUUUUGAUUUCUUGAG